AUGAGGAGGGCCAAAUUGGACCGAUUCGGCGCCGUUUUGACGAGGCAAAGAUCGGUUCAGAUUCUGGUGGGUAUUGGCCUUCUCUAUCUGCUUUUGGUCACCCUUGAAAUCCCCUUCGUUUUCAAAACCGGGUUCAGCACCAUCUCGCCGGACAGCUUGACCCGACCCGACAGGCUCCACAGCCGAGAAGCCGUGGAGGAGAAAGAAGCCCCGACCCGGCCGCUCGAACGUGUCUCGCAAAACUCGAACCAGCCGUCUCAGAGCCGCCGACCCGAGUCCAAUGUGGUCUCGGGUCUGGUGUUCGACCCGAAGACGUUCGAUUCGGAGCUUUACAAGUCGGCGAAGAUUGCUUGGGAAGUGGGGAAGAAGUUCUGGGAGGAGCUGCAGGCCGGGAAGGUCCGGGUCGUGGAGGAGCGGGUCGCCGGAAACGGAUCGGAGUCGUGCCCGCAUUCGAUUACGAUGACCGGGUCGGAGUUUUCGGAGCAGGGUCGGGUCAUGGUGGUGCCGUGUGGGCUGACGUUGGGGUCGUAUAUAACGAUGGUGGGCCGGCCGAGGGCGGCGCAUGAGGAAUCAGAGCCGAAGAUUGCGCUGGUUAAGGAGGGACAGUCGGUGAUGGUGUCUCAGUUUAAGGUUGAGUUGUUGGGGUUGAAGACUGUGGAGGGUGAGGACCCACCGAGGUUGUUGCAUUUCAAUCCGAGGUUGAAGGGGGAUUGGAGUGGCACCCCAGUGAUUGAGCUCAACACUUGUUAUAGAAUGCAGUGGGGAUCGGCGCAGCGGUGCGAGGGCUGGAAGUCCAAGGCCGAUGAAGAAACCGUUGAUGGGCAGGUGAAGUGUGAGAAGUGGAUUCGUGAUGAUGACAGUCGCUCAGAAGAGACCAAGGCAACGUGGUGGUUGAGCAGGCUAGUAGGCCGGACCAAAAAGGUGACUGUUGACUGGCCAUACCCGUUUGGAGAGGAGAAACUGUUUGUUUUAACUCUCAGUGCUGGCUUGGAGGGUUAUCAUGUUAAUGUUGAUGGGAGGCAUAUCACCUCUUUUCCUUAUCAUAAUGGAUUUUCUCUUGAAGAUGCCACCGGGCUUUCUCUAAGUGGAGAUGUUGAUCUGCACUCAGUAUUUGCUGCAUCUCUUCCCACGUCACAUCCUAGUUUUGCUCCACAGAAGCAUCUUGAGAUGUCACCCAGAUGGCGUGCCCCACCUCUUCCUGAUGGGGAAAUCGAACUCUUCAUUGGUAUCCUUUCUGCAGGCAACCAUUUUGCUGAGAGGAUGGCGGUUAGGAAGUCUUGGAUGCAACACAAUCUUAUCAAAUCUUCAAAAGUGGUAGCUCGAUUCUUUGUAGCUCUGCAUUCCAAAAAGGAAGUGAAUGUUGAGCUGAAGAAAGAAGCAGAGUUCUUUGGUGAUAUUGUCAUAGUGCCUUACAUGGAUAACUAUGAUUUAGUCGUCUUGAAAACUGUUGCCAUUUGUGAAUAUGGGGUUCGCACGAUGUCUGCUAAGUACAUUAUGAAAUGCGAUGAUGACACAUUUGUAAGAGUGGAUGCCGUUAUCAGUGAAGCAAGUAGAGUUCCAAAGGGAAGAAGCUUGUAUGUGGGGAACAUAAAUUACUACCAUAAGCCUCUGCGCUAUGGAAAAUGGGCUGUGACAUAUGAGGAGUGGCCAGAAGAAGAUUAUCCACCUUAUGCAAAUGGACCAGGUUACAUUUUGUCAUCUGACAUUGCAAAAUUCAUCAUAUCUGAGUUUGAGAGUCGUAAAUUAAGGUUGUUCAAGAUGGAAGACGUGAGUAUGGGAAUGUGGGUUGAGAAAUUCAACAGCUCAAAACCAGUAGAGUACUUGCAUAGCUUGAAGUUCUGCCAGUUUGGGUGCAUAGAAGGUUAUUUCACAGCCCAUUAUCAAUCUCCAAGGCAGAUGAUCUGCCUGUGGGAUAAAUUGAAGAAGCUCGGAAGACCCCAAUGCUGCAGCAUGAGAUAGCACUAACUGUCGUACUCGUGAACAGUAAUCUUGAUAAUCUAGGAGAGAACAAGGAAGUUUUGCUUGCAGUUAUAGCAUGGUGAUCAUAGAUUGUAUAGUCUUUCGAGGACAGGACAGGUUGGUUGAUCACAUCUAGGUCCCUGUACAAAGAAAUUUGCCUUCCAGAAAAUUCGUUUGCAUUGUUUCUCACUCGCACAUAGCUUCGUUUUUUGAUCUGAAACACUGAGGUUGGAAGGUGAUGAAUCAGAAGAGGAAGAAGAGGUCGACAAGAUGGGUUUAGGGAACGUUCCCACACAAAUUCCAGGGCAGAUACUAAUGUUUACAUUUUGAACUAGAGGAACAGAUGGAAAUGAAUAUAUAUUUAUAUUCAAAGCCUGUUACCCAUUUGCCCAAUUUGAGUGUCUGAAGAGCUCUUUAUUUCAAGUCACAUGGACAUGGAUCAUCAUGGAUAUAUCUACUAUACAGCUAUACUGGUCUGUCUGACAACACAAUCAAAUAGUCUCUCAUUUUCAACCUGUAAAACUUUGG